ACACUCCAGUUCCUGGAUUUCAUAAAAGUGACAGCUUGGUUAUUAAUCUUGGGAGAGCGCGGUGUGACAUAGGAAACCUGAUAGAUACUAUAAUUUUUCUAAGCCUUGGCCGUAUUCCUUAUCCAGGUUGACAGGUUGCAAUCACGGGAUUCCAUGGCUUCUGAGUUGAAGUGGAUUGAAGGAAUCAGCAUUGGCAGUGUCAUCGAGGGAAAAAUUCAGGAGAUAAAGGAUGUUGGAGUUGUUGUCAGCUUUGAGAAGUAUGGGGACGUUUUUGGUUUCAUUACCCGCUAUCAAUUAGGGGGAACCACUGUGGCAACAGGCUCACUAGUUCAAGCCGUAGUUCUUGAUGUUGCCGUGGCAGAACGCCUAGUUGAUUUAUCUCUAAAGCCAGAAUUUUUUGGUGAAUCCAGAGGAAGAAGUUUAAAAAACCAAUCUCAUAAGAAACGCAGAAAAGAACCAUCCAUGGACUUGGAAAUGCAUCAAACAGUAACUGCAAUUGUGGAAAUUGUGAAAGAGAAUUACUUGGUCCUUUCAGUACCAGAAUGUGAUCAUGCCGUAGGAUAUGCAUCGUUAUCUGACUAUAACAGUCAAAAGUUCCCUCAGAAACAAUUUCUGAAUGGACAAAGCGUCAUUGCCACUGUUAUUGCUCGUCCAAGCCCUUCAACGUUUGGGAGGUUGCUUUUGUUUCUUAAUAAGAUGAGUCAGGCCAGUGAGGCAUCCAGUUCAAAAAGAGCCAGAAAGAAGUCUAGCUUUAAAGUGGGAUCACUGGGUCAUGCGGAGGUGGAUGAACAAAGACACCGAAUAUCUCUUGGGAUGAAAGAUUCUUAUAUGGGGGACACGAUUGAUUUACAACUACCCUCACAACAAGAGCCUGAUGAAAGCAUUAGAGAUAAUGAUUUUACUGAGUUGCUAACGUUUCCUGGUGGCAGUUUACUAGGGGAUCAGAAUAUGGAUACUGAAGGUGAAAAUGGAGACUGCCCAAUUCUUGCGCAAGCACAAUUGAGGGCUUCCAUUCCUCCACUUGACAUCAGUCUUGAUGACAUUGAUCCCAAUAUGGAUAAGUUAGUAGGUCAAGAUCAAGGGAAUAUUGAUGAGGCAGGCACUGUAAAUGAAAGGAACAAGAAAAAAGCAAAUAAAAAGGCAAAGAAAGAGAGAGAGCAAGAAAUUAGGGCUGCUGAGGAAAGACUAGUGAAGAAUGAUAUACCAAGAACUGCUGAUGAAUUUGAAAAAGUGGUUAGAAGCUCUCCUAAUAGCAGUUUUGUUUGGAUAAAGUACAUGGCUUUCAUGCUCUCUAUGGCUGAUGCCAAGAAAGCCCGUUUUAUUGCUGAAAGGGCCUUGAACACAAUAAACUUCCGAGAAGAGAACGAGAAGUUCAAUAUUUGGGUGGCAUAUAUUAAUUUGGAAAAUAAAUACGGAAAUCCUCCACAGGAAGCUGUUAUGAAAGUAUUCCAGAGAGCUUUGCAGUAUAAUGAUCCAGAAAAGGUUUAUCUAGCACUUCUGGGAAUGUAUGAAAGGACUGAGCAACAUAAAUUGGCUGAUGAGCUUCUUGACAAAAUGAUCAAGAAGUUCAAGCAUUCCUGCCAGGUUUGGUUAAGACGGGUACAAAGGACCUUGAAGCAACAACAGGACGAGGUUCAGCCUGUUGUAAGUCGUGCCUUAUUAAGCCUUCCCCGCAAAGAGCAUAUCGACUUUAUCAAACAGACUGCUAUACUUGAAUUCAAAUGCGGUGUUCCUGAUAGAGGAAGAUCCAUGUUUGAAAAAAUUCUGCGCGAGAGCCCAAAGAGAACAGAUUUGUGGAGCGUUUAUCUCGAUCAAGAGAUUCGACUUGGAGAUGUGGAUAUGAUACGUCAACUCUUUGAGAGGGCAAUCAGUUUGAACCUCAAGAAUGGAAACAUGAACUUCUUAUUCAAUAAGUUUCUUAAAUACGAGAAUUCUAAGGGUGAUGAAGAAAGAAUCGAAUAUGUAAAAAGGCAGGCAAUGGAGUACAUACGUCAGAGCAACCUGGCCUAAUUUUUUUCUUCCGAUCUGAACUUUGAUUGGCGGAUGUUCUCUAUUCGAAUAGUUAGGUUUUUAUGAGCGUAAUGCGUAUUCUGGUUCAAAUGUUCUAGACUUCUAGUUGUCUGUUUGUUGGCUGGAAUAUUUAUAUUUUUUAAGAAAAUAUUGACUCAUGUACAAAAGUGAUGACUGUUUGAAAAUUGAAAUAGGGAUGUGACUUUU